AUCAAACGAAUUUAUUGCUCAGUUAAAGUUGGGAAAAAUGCCAACAAUAAUUGCUUUGGAUACAUCGCUAUCCAUGUUGCGUCCUGUACCAGGGCGCAACGACCACACGUACCAGUCGCUAGCCCUGAAGGGCAUCCAACACCUGCUGGACAACUUGACCGCAUCGGGAAAACUCGAACACGUAGCUCUGGUCUUGUACACCACAGUUUGUGAACUGAAGGUGGAUUUUACGCGCGACUACGAUCAGAUUCGGCAGGCGAUCAAGAAAAUCGAGCCCCUGGACAAGGCCUGUCUGUUGACCAUGCUGAAGACGUCCGUCAGUCUCAUGGCCACCUGGGGCACUCAGAAUCUACUGCAGUUGGUGGUGUUCACGGACUGCGGUCCGGGCUUUGGCAGCACAUCGAUUGCCGGCUUCCUGGAUGCAUAUGCGGGCAAAGAAGCCGAACCAGAAUACGCCUGGCUCAAGGCACUGGCCACCUACAAUCUGAACUUCAUCUGUCUGGGCGUGCACAGCGACCUCUAUUUCACGCGUGGCGUGGCACUGCACCAACAGCUGUUGGACGCCGCCGGCCUAAAGGGUCAGCUGUUCAUGACGAAGCCUGUGAAGAAUAUGGAGACGGGCGACGCCAACACUGGCUGCAGCCACAAAAGCGAACUGGGCCGUACGGCUUUAUUCGAGCUGAUCGAACGGAUGUGCGAGUGCAGCUACAAGCUGACGGAGGUGACGCUGAAGUGCGGCCACUACUUCCGCCUGGAGAGUCCCGUGCUGCUCUGGCCACCACCGAUGCCUUACGAGCAGAGCGCGCCCUACGGCGGAGAUCCCACGAUUCGGCACAUCGAUCAACGCAUCGAUGUUUGCGGCUUCCUGGCCCUGUCGGAUAUCGGCUCGCCGGCCACCCUGAGCCGGCACUGGGUGCUGCCCAAGGUGGAGCGAGAGAAGCCGACGCGACGCUCGGGUGGAUUGGCGUCGGUGGCCAAGCCGCCGAAGCUAGCGCUCGAUGUUAGCAAUCCGCACUAUGAGCUUGAGAAACUGGAGCAGGACAUACGCGACUUCUACAUGAAGGACACCAAGGAGGCCGAGGAGAGCGGCGACGAUGCGGACGUCAGUGUGGUACUCAAGCAUAGCCAGCCCCAGACGGAGCAACAAAAGGACAAUCUCUGUGUGCUGCUCCAUGGCGCUCUCAAACAGGAAAAUAUGGCCGCCCUGGUGCUGCUGGGCGAGAAGUGGUACGGCUUUAUGUACUCCUACACCGACCUCAAGAAGAGGUCCAACUUCAUGCUCAACAUACUGCCGCCGGGCUCCCAUGUGAUACCCUGGCUGGGUGACCUUGAGCUGCUCGGUUUUCCCUCGGACCUGGCGCCCGGCGAAACGGCCAGCUUUCCGGUGCGGGCGGAGCGGCGUUCGUAUUCGCAAAGCAGCGUCGUGUGGAUACGACAGGCUAGCCUCCAAUCUGACGUGCAGAAGGUGCUGCGCCAUGCCAAGAAAAUGCCCGACAAGACCCAGCAUUUCUACAAGGAGCUCAAUCGCAUUCGGCGCGCUGCUCUGGCCCUGGGCUUUGUGGAGCUGCUUGAGGCGUUGGCGCUGCUGCUGGAAAAGGAGACCACACAGCUGACACUGAAUGGCGUCAGCACCGAGUGCACCUUGCAACUGCAGCAUGCGGCCACAGAGCUGCGCAAGACAUCGAAUCGCGACAUCAAAUCCACAAUUGUCCCAUUGCAGAAGGCAACGGCUGCUGAUGCCACAACGGCUCCAGCGCCAGCUCAAGGCGGUUAUUUGUACUAGAAUCUAGGCUAACUCUUUUAAUGUU